GGGAUAUGUUUACUGAAAUAAAUGGGCUCUUUCAAAGAUGAUCCCUAAAGUCUUUUUAGUUAUAUCAAAUUUUGAAAUUUGAGAAAUUGCUUUUAAAAUCACAUUCUGGAAUUAUUAUGUUAGAAUUAGAUGAAUACAAUAUGAAUUAUAUAAUUUACCAGGUAGCUACACCCAAACAGUUAUUACUUAAAAUACAAUAUGCAUAAAAGAUAUACAUAUAGCCUUAUCGAUAAAUCUAAAGAAUACCGAAAACGGAUUUAUGCCAAAUGCCAUACAGUAUUUAUAUCUAAAUUUAAAUUCUAAACUUCUUUUAUCAGCGAAAGACAAUAGCAUUAUAACAAACGGAGGACAUUUAAGGUAUUUUUUUGCGGUUGCCAGGUUUCGCACACUUUGCGCGAAAAACGCAUGAUUCUGCUGUCAUUUAGUGUCGCUAUCACUUUCCUUUAUGAGGAUUUUGAUUUGAAGUCUUUGAGAAAAUCUCACUUUAUAACUUCAAUGGGCAUGCAUUUCUUGGCGGGAGAUCAUUUGUAUAAUUGCACAGCUUUUGAUUACGGUUUAACUCAGAUCCACUCAAAAUAUUAUAGGAUCUCGCAUGUAUAAAUAGACUACAAGAAGUCGCCGCUGUGUCCAGCGUUCCACUUUACCCCUUACGAGUAGGAAUGAGAAAAAAAAACGGUGUUAGAGCCGCAUCACCAAGGUGUCACAGCGGCGAUGGUUAGGUGUCUAAUGUAUAAAUUUACCGUGUACUUUUUUAUUUAAAGAUGUCUUUAUUAAUCCUGAUGAAACGCUCCCAUUUUGUUUUCAAUUCAAGACUAGAGAUAUAAAACACAUCUACAUAUGACAAAGAACCUUAUCUGAUCAUGUUAGCAACAAAAGAAAAGUGAGUCUUUAAAAACUACUCAACGAAGUCAGUUCAAUAACCAAUGACGAGAGAGAACAGAGCAUCUGUUUCAAACAAUAUCACAGCGCCAAGUACGCACUCAAAUACUUAAAUUAUGGAAAAAAAUUAGACAGAACAAGGAAUAUGGGGGAAAAUGAUGACCUAAAUAGUCUAAAUGGCUUGUAAAUUUGUUUCCAGAAAAAUAUAUAUUUUCGUUUUAAGAUCAUUUACAAUCAUGCCAAGAUAGCUCUCAAGAAUGGCACCAUUAUUGAUCAGCGUCUGUCUAUACAAUAGAAUCGGAAAUAAUUUGCGCUAUGUUGCAAGCGCUAUAAAUCAUACUCAUAAAUUCGUUACGGAACAACAAUGCAUGCAAAUAUGUUAAAGGCUUAUAUUGGGCAAGCGUAUAAGGUGUAAAUAUGAGUUGAAAAAGAAAGAAAAGAAGUAAAAGUGAAUGUAAAGGUAAAGGUGAUGGUGAUGUGGUGAUGGUGAUGGUGAAAGCAAAGAUUAAGAACCAGGAGGCCGUGAGGGCGCUAGAGAGCACAGCCAUGUCUUCCAUCAGUACCGCAAAUUGUUUACGACUCCAUGACGUAUCGCUCAAGUAUGGUCUUUACGAGAUGAAGAACAAGAUAGACCGGUUCCUUGAAUGGAAUUUCAAGAAUUUGGCGAAAGAAGCAGACUUUCUGAAGCUUAGCGCCGGGCAACUUGCCGACAUUGUCCAAAGUGAGAACCUACGAGUUCGCAAAGAGGAAGUAGUUUAUGAAGCUGUCAUGAAAUGGUUCAAACAUGACCCUGGGCACAGGAGAGAAAAUGCUGAGAAGGUUUUCCAAGAAGUUCGAUUUUGCCAAAUUCCAAAACGCUAUCUGCUGAAACAAGUUGUUCCUGAAUUAGUAGAAGGCGAAAAAAUGUGCAAGGACUUAGUGGAUGGAGCUAUCUCCCAUCAAGACGACCCGAAGAAAACCCCGGGAAAUCCACGCAAGCCUCUCGAAGCCAUUUAUGUGAUCAGUAGAAAAGACAACAUGGCGGAGCGCUACGAUCCCGUGCAGUGCGCAUGCGUGCCAUGCUAUCCCCUGGUUCCUCUGGAGGAUGAUGAGGAGGUGGAAUACCGCUGUGCAGUAGUGAUCGGUUCGGAUAUAUACGCGGUGUUUGCGAGUCGUGUUGAAAGGUUUGACCCGAUAGGAAUCUGUUGGCAAGAGGUUGGGUCAGGACUGGACGUGCGCGAUGCCGGGAUCUGUGCCAGCAAGGAUACUAUUUAUGUUGUCGGCGGUCGUCUCCAGGGCAACGGGCUACAGAAAUACACUAUAAAGCAGUCAACGUGGUCAGUGGGCCCCGAGAUGAAUGAAAGCCGUCGGUUGCCAGGAGUCACAUUUCUCAACAACAAGGUAUACGUCUUUGGUGGUUACGGGAGCAAAGGCCCGCUCGCAUCCGCCGAAUGCUACAACGUCAAACAAGACAAGUGGAGCUCAAUACGGGGCAUGCGCAUCCCACGCUUUCAGCUGGCCGCUACAGUGCACGGCGGGCUCAUCUACGUCCUUGGGGGGAGAGACAACGAUGCAGAUUUGUCAUCUGUGGAAGUCUACGAUCCGAAAGCGAAGACCUGGAGUAAAGAGGAACUAAAUAUGUUGGAGGCGAGGAAUGAUUUCGGAGUUGUUGAACAGAAUGGUAGAAUCUAUUGUUUCGGAGGCCGAGGCGUGGCUACUGUCGAGUGCUUCGAUGUUGAGAAAAAGGAAUGGAAGACUAUAGGGAAUACGGGCCAUAAUAACUUCGCGAUUGACUGUGUUCUCUUCCCGCCAAUUUAAGUCGCAUGCGCGUUUAAGGCGUAACCGCUGACUGUGCUACCCCAUCUGCUGCAGGCAUUUCUAUCUACGCCACAGAACACCCAAACAACCAUUGUAAAAUUUAGCCAGUAGACCCUGGAAAUAGGAGCGUUCACUUAGUUCUCUUCAUAUCAAUCAAUGGCUGUCGUUUUUCUAAAUGGUCUAAAAAAGCCUGGGGUGAGCGCGCGGGAGACUAAGUUUCAUUUCCAAGAUGGCUGCCAGCAAAAUCGUAGUAAACACGAAUUCCUGCAAGUUUACGUGGAAAUUUUCGACUUACAGCGAAAGAAUGAUUACAGCGGACUCCCAAAUAUGGUAUGUAAUGGCUAAUAAGGAAAUGGCCGACUAAGCUAGAAAAACGACAGUUUUUAAAACAAGAUUGACUGAUAUGCGAAGCAUAUAGUGCCCUACAUCCUCGAGAUUUCAGCGCUUUUACUUUUUGCCCCCCCCCCCCAAAAAAAAAAAUAUUAUAAAAUAAAUGAAAAAAAAAAAAUCACGCCGAAAGAACCUCUGUGCGGUAGGAACUUUUGAGGAGCGCCAGCAAAGACUGCCGAGCAUGCGCGUUUUAGAGUUAACGCUGACUUAGUGAUAAUUGUGACAGCUGGCGCGGUAUAACUUAGCAACCAACGCGAUUUACCUUUAACUAUAAUUAAUUGUAAAUGUAACUUGUAUUUUCAGGGUGUAGCCAGGAGGGUUUAUGUUUAGUAGUAUUUUGAAAUUUAAUAAAUACAAGUUUCUAAAUAA